GUCUUCUCCAUGUUUGAACAAACUCAGAUCCAGGAGUUCAAGGAGGCGUUCACACUGAUCGACCAAAACCGUGACGGAUUCAUUGACAAGGAGGAUCUGAAGGACACGUACGCUUCUCUGGGGAAACUCAACGUGAAGGACAACGAGCUGGAGGACAUGCUGAAGGAAGCUACAGGUCCCAUCAACUUCACGAUGUUCCUCAACCUGUUUGGAGAAAAACUCCACGGCACCGACCCUGAGGACACCAUUUUAAAUGCUUUCAAAUUGUUUGACCCCGAUGCUAAAGGCUACGUCCAAAAGGACGAAUUACAGACGUUACUGAUGACGCAGGCCGACAGGUUCUCAGCCGAGGAGGUGAAGCAGAUGUUCCAGUCAUCAGACAUCGACCCUGCAGGAAACCUGGAUUAUAAAUCUCUGUGUUACAUCAUCACACACGGCGAACAGCAGGAGGAAUGAAACAGAAACAG